AAAAGGUUAAAAUCAAAAAUGAAAUUACUGGGGGUUUUAUCCCCUGUCAAAAAUUCCACUGUCAGUUUAGACCUCCUUAACUUGUAUAUGGUAAAUCACAUAUCUUGCCAGAAGAAAACACCUGAAACUGUGAGAAAACCAACCCAUGUGAAUAUGCAUAGAGAUAUAAAAAUGCCCUUAAGAAAGCAUGAUUUAGAACUUCCAAUGUCACCUCACUAUAUACCAUCUAAGCUCUGCAUUGAUGAUGUAGAAAACAAACUAGGCAACAAGAAAGAACUUGCCCCAGUUCAGUUGUCAGAAGUAAUGGACUCAGAAAGAAUGUUUGAACCUCAGUUCCACAGAAUAGAAAAUUGCAGUUUUACUCCACCAUCCUUCGCAGCAGAGUUAUCUUCUAACAGAAAUAUUACAAAACAAAAUUUCGUUCCCAGAACAGCACCUAGUCCUCAGAAAGUUGCAUAUGAAAAAAAGCAGGAUGAGCAGCUCAUUAAAGUUAAUUAUUCUAAUAGUUUGGUUUCCAAAUUAAAUGAAAAUCAAGAUGCUCUCAGUCCAUCAUAUAAAACAGCACAAUUUGGGUCAUUAUUCGAAAGAUUAAACAGUCCAAGAAAUAGGAAUUUCCUUACUGGAAGAUCUGUUAGAGUUAUGGGUGAAGAUUGUGGAAGCAUGAAUGAGCAAAGACAAACAGACUUUAUUACUGAAAAACAAUCAGUACAACCUAUUUGGAGAGAAAAUAGAAGAGAGGUUUCAAAUUUUCUUGAAGACAUGAACCAGCCAACAGCCAGCCUUAUAUCAGAGAAUUGUAACUCUUUUAUUAGUGAAAAUGUGAUCAAUUUAUUAAACACAGAUCAGCAGAGGAUAAAGAAAACCUUUGACAAGUGUGGUUAUGACAGUAUGGAAGAUAAUUGCGCAAACACAAGUUCUGAUAAAAAUCAUUCAGCUGGUCAAUGCAUUAGAAGUAAUUUUACAGAUCCAGAGUUGACUUUUAGUUGUUCGACUUUUAAUGAAACACAUUAUCCAGAGAGGUGUCAGCCAAACAAGAAGUAUCAGAAAGAGUACAACAAUAAUGAAAGAAAUACUUUUACUAUAUCUUUUAAGAAGGAUUGUUGUAUAGCCAGCUCUGAAAAUAAAGGAAAAUUUGAAAGUGAUUGCCAGGAGAAGACACCACAGAAUGAAAUCCAGAAACAUCCGGUGAAUUAUAUGGGUAAUAUCUCUUUGGAAGGAUUGCAUUCUAAUCCAUCAUGGGACUUGAGAUUUGGUGAGAUUCCGAUGGAAGAAGGAGGAACUUGUUCUUUAAAAGACAGGCCAACAUCUAAGAAAAUCUAUCUUGAUUCUUCACAGAGUAGUCAAUCUACCAGUUAUUCUCCAAGGCCAACAGAUAGUUGCUUCAGUUCUAGUUCAGAAAUGCUAUCUGAAGAAGAUGAUAAAAUAUUGCAGCACGUUGAAGAAUCAAAUAGGAGAGCCAUCAGAACCAAACAAAUAACUAGUAAUUUUUAUCCAGAAAGGAUGCCAAAACCUCCAUGUGAUGGGAUUAUUAAAAACAAUGCCAAAAUUCAUGAACAAAAUGAGAAUCUUCACCACCUCUCAAUGAAAGAUAAUACAGAUCAGUUUCCACAGUCUCAGUGUAAUUCAGCACACAAUUCGCAGAAUAUAACCAGUAAUAACUGCAUUCUACAGGUUGCAAGAUGUGAUGCGUGGGUCCAGACAGACAGUGAACCUGUAAUGGAAAAAAAAUUAGAUGCUGCCAUACAGUGUGAUAUAAUUUCAUAAUGUAAAUGU